GAGCAUCCUACCUGCUUUCCCUCCCUUUCCUGCCAUCGUCUCCAUCGACCCCCUAACCAGCGGUCAAACCCGUCUCUGGGCCUCCUCGUGGAAUCGCUCUGAAUUGGGACUGGGGCAACACAACGUGAUGAUACGCAGAUUUCCACGUUGAGAGUCGAACGAUCAAGGUGUACUCACAAGGUCUCCCUCUACGUCUCGGAAAACUAUGCACCUUCUGCACACACAUGGGUUCCGUUGCGCCACUGCUAUGAUAUCUUCACAAUGCCAGAAGCCCUUAACAACGUUGACUGGAGUUGGUUGGUCCCGAGCGGAGGGGAACUGAAGGCCUUGUCCGGUAAGUCCAUCGGGUUUCACAAGUCACUGAGCUUCAUUAUCAGAUACCUCCAAGCUCGGAGAUAUGGAAUGCGUACCGCUUGCAGGUAGGGCCACCGUCGGUGUGCUACUGGAAUACCGUCGUAAGCGACGCUUCGGGAUAAACGCCCAGGACAAUAAACCUGUGGCCGCCCGGGGUCGCUGACUAUGCCGGACCCAAGUGAACAUGUUGAUGGGUGACAUUACUCCUGUUAUGCACGCGUCCAUGUGAAAUUGGCUGCAUACUCUGAUUUCGUGAUUAGAGCAGACGGCCUCUGGAGUGCAUGUUGACUUCUGGGAGAUGCGUGUACCGAUGCAUACUUGCGAAGCGGUUUGCCUGUGUUCAACGAGAUCAGC